GUACCCAGCGAUGUCCGAGCGCGAAGACGCCCCCCUCGGCGCAGAGCUUUGGUCGGCAAUGAUGGCCUCCAAUGUAUCUGGAGUAGUUUGUUGGACCAAAGUACUGUGGCAUACAACCCUCGCCGACGUGGUACAUGCGUGGACAGAAGCUUCACUAGCUCCUUCGUUUUCGUCCUGCCCCAUUGCUUGCGAGCCACGUUUUCCCCCGAUCCCAAAAUGCCAUCCAUAUUCCUACACCCAAAGCAACGACACCCAGGCCGAGUUGCGCUUGCGUGCGGCUGCGGCUUGUGCCUAAUCUCUUGCCCCCCCUCACG